AUGACCCAGGAAACUGUUAAGCUAGAACCACUAGGGGCCAAUAAAGAUCCCAACAGAACCGAAAAUGGCUUAGGAGACGAGUACGAUCCUCAUUUGCACCGGGAAAUCGAAAGCCCAACAACGAAUUCUGAAACCCUUAUUCACUUACUAAAAGGAUGCUUGGGUACUGGAAUUCUGGCGAUGCCAGAAGCUUUCAAGCUAUCUGGAAUGGUAAAUGGAAUCGUAUCUACAUUGCUUAUAGGACUGCUUUGUACAUACUGUCUUCACGUUUUAGUAAAAGCCCAAUAUCUCAUGUGCAAAAGACUUAAAGUAGCUUUAUUAACUUAUCCGGAUUCUAUGAAAGUUGCCUGCGAAAUGGGACCACCGUUUCUUAGAGGGUUUGCACCAUUUGCACCUGGUUUAACAAACUUCUUCCUAAUCUUCUACCAAAUGGGCAUCUGUUGCGUCUACGUGGUGUUCGUAGGCAAAAAUCUGAAAUACGUCGGAGACGUCUACACUAGUCAGAAACUGAGCCUCAUCGUUUACAUGCUUAUAGUUUUUGUACCUUUCGUGCUGAUUAUUUGCAUUAAGAAUCUCAAAUUGCUAGCCCCUUUUUCGAUUUUAGCUAAUAUCAUUACUUUGAUUACUUUCGGGGUAGUUUGCUAUUAUAUUUUCCAAAACCUGGACAAUUUCAGCGAUAGACCUGCAGUUGGAAACUUGGCUGAUUAUCCCUUGUACUUUGGCACGACUUUAUUUUCUUUACAGGCUGUAGGAGUGGUAAUAGCUUUGGAAAAUAAUAUGGCAACCCCUAAAAGCUUCAGAGAACCAUUUGGUGUCUUAAACAUUGGUAUGGGUAUCGUUACUGUGAUAUAUGUGGGUAUGGGUAUGAUGGGCUAUUGGCGUUACGGAGAAAUUAUUGAAUCUAGUAUUACGAUGAAUUUUCCUAUUAAAGAAGUGCUAGCUCAAGUGAUUAUAAUCUCAUAUUCAAUAGCAAUUUACAUUUCCUAUGGGCUUCAAGGCUUCGUUCCCGUCCAAAUUAUGUGGUCCAACUAUAUAGCAAAAAGAGUUGAGGACGUUAAUGAGAAAAAAAAGGCCUUUUACGAAUAUUUGUUGAGAAUUGUAUGCGUUAUUCUUACCUUUGUACUUGCAAUGACUGUACCACUUCUCGGUCUUUUUAUUUCGCUUGUAGGCUCUUUUUGCCUCUCGGCUCUAGGCAUUGCAUUUCCAGCUAUAAUAGAAAUCUGUGCCAAUUGGCCAAACAAUUCGCAUCCUAGAACCUUGCUGUUUUGGAAGGAUAUGUUGCUGAUUGUAGUUGGGGUGAUUGGAUUGUCAGCUGGCAGCUAUAGUGCUAUUUAUGCUAUAGUACAAAAACUAGCUUCAGGAGAUUAUUAA